AUUCAAUAUAAAAGACGACGAGCAGCAGUUUGGCAGCCAAUUCAAUAUGAAAGCCAUAACACUUGUACUCUUGGUGCUGCUAUCGGGCAGCUGUCUGCUCAGCUCGAGCCACGCGAGCACGGAUGUGGAGCAGCCGGAGAGCCUGGAGCUGGAGCUGGCGCUGCAGCAGCUGGAGGCAGAGCUGGAUGACGACUAUGUGGACAUUGAUAGCUACGGCUUCAUUGGCUCCGUGCGCAAGGCGCUGAAGAAGGCAUUAAAGUCGCUGCGCGGCGUUAACUGCAUCGUCAAGGAGGUCACCGAGAUACUGGAGGCCUGCACCAAAUAUAUCGACGCCAUUGACGCUUGUGGCACGCAGGUGCCCAAGGAUGUGAUGGCCAUUGUCAACUCCUGCAAGGCCAUGAUCGGCAUGUGCAACAAGAUCAUCCAUCUGAACAGCCAGCUGUGCAACAAUGAUCACUACGACGACACCACAGACUCCGGCAAGAUGUCCACCAAGAAGUGCAGCUGGCAGCUGUUCAAGGCCGUCAUGAAGCUCACACGCAAGCUCAACAGGACCAUCAAGCUGAUCACCAAGCUGCCAUCCAACACCAGCUCCUGCUUCGUGGGCGCCACCAACGAGGUCAAGAUCACCUUCGACAACUUCUUGCCCAAUGUCAAUGUCUGUGUGGACAACAUGUAAGCUUAUUGAAUAAAAUUCAAAGUAUUUUUAUGAAA